CCUCCCCGCGCAGGCGCAGAGGUGGGGUGCCGGCGGCCGGUAGCGGCUGUUCCUGAGGCGCCGCCGGUCUCGCUCCUCUCCGGGCGGCCUCAUGAAGAGGCGGCGGCGGCGGGGCGGCGAUGGGCUCGCUGAGCAGCCGGCUGCUGAGGCGGCGGGGCGGCUUCCCGCGCGGCCGUGAGGCGGCCGGGGCCGGCGGCGGCCGAGGCGCCAAGAGGAAGCGCGGCGGGGCCGAGUGCCCCGGCGACAGCGAGAGCGACGGCGAGGCCGAGCGGGAGGAGCGGCUCCUCACCACCCCCCGCAGGAAACAGCUGAAAAGCACUUCUAAGUAUAUUUAUCAGACUCUGUUUGUGAAUGGGGAGAACAGCGAUGUCAAAAUUUGUGCUCUGGGAGAGGAGUGGAACUUGCAUAAGAUCUAUUUGUGCCAGUCAGGCUACUUUUCCAGUAUGUUCAGUGGAGCUUGGAAAGAAUCUAGCAUGAACAUCAUAGAGUUGGAGAUUCCUGACCCAAACAUUGAUACAGAAGCUCUACAGGUGGCUUUUGGCUCGCUGUACAGAGAUGAUGUAUUAAUAAAACCCAGUCGAGUAGUUGCCCUUUUAGCAGCAGCCUGCAUGCUGCAGCUUGAUGACUUAAUCCAGCAAUGUGGUGAAACAAUGAAGGAAACCAUUAAUGCAGAAACUGUGUGUGGUUAUUACAAUUCAGCAGCAACAUAUGGGUUAGACUCUGUGAAGAAAAAGUGCCUGGAAUGGCUCUUGAAUAACCUGAUGCCUCACCAGAGUGUGGCGCUCUUCAAAGACCUCAGCAUAAACCUCAUGAAACAGCUGAUUAGUUCUUCUGACCUACUUGUAGUGCAAGUGGAAAUGGAUGUGUACACCGCUCUCAAAAAGUGGAUGUUCCUCCAGCUAGUGCCUACUUGGAAUGGGUCUUUGAAACAACUCUUAACCGAAGCUGAUGCGUGGUUUGCCAGGCGCAGGAGAGAUUUUGAGGAUGACGUUGCCUUCCUGGAAUCGGAACAGGGGAAUGCGUUCCUGUCGGUGUUCACACACUUGAGAUUACAGUAUAUCAUCAGUGACUUGGCGUCAGCCAGAAUUAUUGAGAGAGAUUCCCUAAUGCCCUCAGAAUGGCUGUCCUCUGUUUACAAACAGCAGUGGCUUGCCGUGCUCAGAGCAGAACAAGGCAAUGAUAUUGGGCCUCAGGAAGUAAAUAAAGAGGAACUGGAAGGAAACAGCAUGAGGUGUGGUCGAAAACUUGCAGAGGGUGGCCAUUACUGCUGGCGGUGGACUGGGUUCAACUUUGGCUUUGACCUUCUUGUCACUUAUACAAAUGGUUACAUCAUUUUCAAGCGGAAUACGCUGGAUCAGCCGUGCAGUGGAUCAGUCAGUCUGCAGCCUCGGAGAAACAUAGCCUUCAGGUUACGUGUAACCUCUUUUGAUAGCAGCGGGAAAGUUACUUUCAGUAGAACAACAGGAUAUCAGAUUCUAACCUUUCAGAAGGACCAGGAGCAGAUAGUGAUGAAUUUGGACAGAAGCCUCCUGACCUUCCCGCUCUACAUCUUCUGUAACUUUUUGUACACAUCGCCAGAGAAGCCGACCGACAGCGAGGCACUGCCAGAUAACUCAGAAACCUGAGACCUCUUUAUAUAUUAUAUAUCUAUAUAUUUUAUAUAUAUAUAUAUGGCCUUAGUAUACUCCUAUGCAUAUCUGAAAAGAUCAUCAGAAAUUGUGUAGGCCAAAACUAGUUAUCCCAUAUGUUUUUUUAAUUUCUGUUCUGCACCUGCAGACAGUAGCCAUUCCGUGGUUAAGAAAUGUUAGACUUUUUAUUUUCCUGGGUGAAAACUGAGCCAAAUGGGACAGGGGGAGUUUGUGUGAAUGACAUCUUACGAACUUUCCUGUCAGAUUCUGAGCACGCAUUGUAGGACGCGUGGUUUUUGUAGUGUCUUAUUUGUUUGUGGGUUGGUUUUUUUUUUUUAAAUGACUGAUCUGUAAAUACCAGGUCCGCAUUCUGUUUCUUUUGUGGUCAAGUGUAAGAGGUACACUGUAUUCAUUCUUUCUAUAUGUUUUAAAAUACCCAGCUUUUCGGUAAUGCCAGCUUUGGUGCUGGGUUGAGCCACCCCAGGGCUCCUGCGUUGUUCUGAGGGCUCAGCGCCUCCUGUUCAGGACCAGGUCCUGCUCUGCCCUUGCACCCCGCUGGCUCCCGGGGCCACCCACCGCCCCUGCUCACCUGGACAAGCCGUUGCUGCGUGCAGACGCAGCCCUGGCCC